AUGGAGGAGAGUAUUGGUGCACUGGCCUUGAAUUGUCUGCCUGGUAUAAGCAAGAUGCUGUACAUCCUUUCAAGUUUCGAGAACCGAUCAAUCAAAGAGCAGACAAUUCUUUGGCCUUCUGGUGGUCUCGUCAAUCCGUGCUUGGAAGCUCGAUGUAUAAAGGGAUUCACAACCCUGCUGGGAGUCAUCAUCGAGCAAAGUUCUACUGCAGUUCUAUCGAAGAUGUUCUCUAAGGUUUUGCUCCUCUUACCCACUCUGUUUGGCAUCGUAAAUGCAGGACCCAGGGGCAACACUGGUGAAAAGCAUUUUCUCAUCACUUGCGAUAAUAACUUUUCACUCUUCGUCAAUGGAAGAGAAGUUGGAUCGGGGGCUUGCCUUCAUUUCAAUGCCUCUAACACCACAUCAUCCUACCCCUAUGAUGUAAUAUCCUAUGUUUUCACUGUUGGCUUGGAUCCAGAAGGCCAUAAUGAUGUCGCGAUUGCUGUAAAUAACAUCGGUGGACCAGCUGGACUUAUCGCUACCAUCCUUGUGGACUAUUCAGAUGGUACGACCGAAACCAUCGUUACCGAUACCACAUGGAAGACCUUGAAAGCUGUUCCUCCUGGUGGGUGGACUAGCCCAAGCUACUGUGAUUCGGCAUGGACUGCUGCAGUAUCAGAAGGACCUACGGCAAGCACACCUUUUGGGUCGCCUAUCCUUCCUCCCGCUUUGAACAUGACCAGGGCUCACUGGAUUCGGACGAACAAGAGCAUUUCUAGCGGGAAUGCUCAUCUCAGUCAUAGGCCCUUCCGCAAGACCAUCACGUUGCCCUAUGGGAAAGCCACUGUCUGUGGGAAGGGACCAAUCGUACACCCUAUACGUGAAUGA